GCAGCCAGGUCGUCAUCAUCGUGCUCGCACCGCAUCGCAUCGCCCCCCAGCGUCUAUCUCUCAACCGGCCGGUCUCCUGACUCUCCUCCCGACCUCCCGCCCCCUCCUUGUUGGCUUUGGUUCGGCUCGUUCCUCCCUCCUCCUCCUCCGCCUCGCCCAGCCCGGCCGGCGGCCGCGCUCCGCAUGUCAAUCCAUGGGCUGAUCCUGGAAGUCAGAGUCACCGGGUGCCGGAAGCUGCGGGACACGGAGUUCUUCACCCGCCAGGACCCCUACGUCGUGCUCGAGUACGCCACCACCAAGCUCCGCACCCGCACCUGCACCGGAGGGACCUGCUCGUGGUUGCGGGCAACAGAGCCUGAGAGAUUCGAAUCCAAACUGGGACGUGCUACACGGAUUCAGACUGCGGGCGCCGGAAUUCGGCGGUCCAUUCAGCUCAGCCUUUUGGGCAUACUCGUUCAAUUCAAUUCGUCUGAUUCAGAGGCAUUGGCUGAACGUGGUGGACUGUCGUUAUUAACAAGGCCGUAGUAGGUGAGCAGGUGAACGGGUCAGCUGCUGCUGCCGCUUCCCGUUAAUCUCGAUGUGGCUGCUGCCCGCUGCCUCCUUGGUCACCUUACAUUACAUGACUCAGUAAGAAAAAAAAAUAUUAGGGGAUAAGGGCAUUUUAUAAGAAACCCAGCUAGAAAAUUACAGCCAAAUUAAAACAAACGGCCAAAGGAAGGUGAAACAAUGAACAGGGAAAGGCGGCAAAGCAAAGCAACACUAACUAAUGGGGUAAUUCACAGCUCAGGGAUCAUAGGGAACAAAUACCACAAUCAUGGUCUAAAAACUAAUUGCAUUUGAACAACACCUAAAAUAAUGAGGAUACUAGAGAGUGAUGAUUAUAUGCAAAUCAUGCCCACAAUUUGCGUUGAAAGUUGAAACAGAUCGGAUCACCAUUUUUUUGUCUGGCCAUCGCCAAUUCAUCUUGGGUUGUACGCAUUAUGACCAAUUCGCACAAUCUUUUUUUUUUUGUUUUUACUUCUUUGCCACAAAUACAGUACCUAAAGUUCUAGGUCAACAAAAUCUUAAUGCUGGAAUAGGAGGUUCGAUUGGAAUGGACCCAGAACUAUUUCCUCUAAGUGCAGUCUAGGAUAUUGAAUUUAGUACUAUGGAAGGGAAGUUUUCUGAACACUGAUAUAUACUCUCCUUGGUUCCAACACCCAAUGAAGUUCUUAGCUGCAUGCUCUUGUAAUAAAUGAGACUAAUCUCCAAGCGAUGAAGUUAUCAAACAUCACCAACAAUGAUACAAGUAUAAAACAUUCAUCUUGCCGAUCAUUUGCCUCCAAAAUCUUCCAAUCUUUUCGUACUAACAGGCCUCUACAGAACCAUGCUUAUUGUAUGAUAUCUGUUAGUCUAUUUCUCUUUUUUCAACCUAAAAUGUGAUAAUGAUGCCAGAUGGGGGAAGAAACCCAACUUUCGAUGAGAAGUUCCAUAUACCCCUCAUUGAAGGGCUCCGCGAGUUGAAUGUUGUCGUUUGGAACAGCAACACAUUAACCCAUGAUGACUUCAUCGGCAGUGGCAGAGUAUAUCUGCACAAGGUGCUUGCAAAUGGAUAUGAUGAUUCCUCAUGGCCACUUCAGACACGCCACAUGAGAUCUGCUGGGGAAGUGAAGCUCAUUAUGCAUGUUGAUGUCUCAGCAAUGAAGAACAAAAUGGGUAAAAGUAUCGGUGCAGCAAGUACACAUUCUGUUCCUCUACCUUCAGUGCCAGCCCCAGUCCCAGCCGCAGCCGCAGCACCAGCACUAGCAUCAGCAGUUCCAUACACUGGGGUUCCACCUUCAUAUCCACCUGCUCCUGCAUAUCCUGUGGCAUCUGCAUACCCUGCUUACCCAACUCCUAGCCAAUCACCAUAUACCACUACAGAAUAUCCACCACCUCCGCAGCAAGCGUACCCACCCCCUUCGGCAGGAUAUCCUCCAUCAUAUCCACCGCAGCCAUAUGGGCAAUCAUAUCCGCCACAACCAUAUGGUCAACCAUACCCACCCCCGCCAGAAGCACAGUCCCCAUAUCCACCUGCGCCUUACCCUGGUACCUAUCCACCAAGACCUUAUUGAUAUAUCAGCUUCAGUAACCACAGGCAGGGGCAUCAAAAGCAGCAUACAACAAUGGUGUUACAUGAUCUUUGCCUGUGUGUGGGUUCUUUGUUUCUAGUUAUUUGGUUAUUCUUCCUAACUGAAUUCUACAUACGCCGAACUGUUACAGCGAUCUCAAGUCAGCUAAAGGUCUGGAUGGUAAUUGUUACAUGGGAAAUCAAAAAGGAAUGUCGUGAAUUCACUUGUCAGAAGCUGAAGCUUGGCUAAGUGCAACAGAUGGAAAUUGCUUCCUUUUUGUGAAUCAUGUGAACAGCCCAGCGACCAUCACUCCGUCAGUUAUAUUUACCUUCUCCAUUAUGUACCAUAGGCAGCUUGUAGAAUGUCUCGAUGAAAUCAUUCAUCCAUCCUAUAUUGCUCGCUGUGUGUUUGCCAAAAUUGAGAUCAGACCCAGCUUGCUUCGGUCUUGGAGUCAUGUCUGACUGUUCUGUGUGAACAAACAAUUGUGCAUAGUAGGGUAUUGCUAGUAACUGCAGACGCGUUAGCUGCGAAGAUUGCAGCACCUCGUCGGCAAGAUUGCAGCACCUCGUCGGCUUGACACUUGAAAUGUAUCUGUAACGGUCAAUAAAAUUUGCUUCAGUGAUGAAAGCUCUUAACACGUGGUGAUUUGAGAAAUACUAUUUCCAUGUUUUUUCCUUAA